GCUGGCCCGCGUCCGCCGGUGGUCAGCGGCGUGGACCGGAGGACGCGCGGUCCCCCUUCGACCCGCCGCGAUGUGGAAGCUGAGCCGGAGCCGGGUGCUUCUGGACGAGCCCCCGGAGGAGGAAGACGGUCCGCGGGGGGCGCCGCCGCCCGCAACUGCCGCCGCCCCGGAGCAGGUGAAGGAGCGGGCAGCGGGCGCGCAGGUUCAGGGAGCAGGUUUCCGAGGCUGGAAAGAAGUAACUUCUCUGUUUAGUAAAGACGACGAACAACAUCUGCUCGAGAGAUGCAAAUCUCCCAAAUCCAAAGUAACUAACUUACGACUAAAAGAAGAGUUGAAGGCAGAAAAGAAGUCUGGAUUUUGGGACAGUUUGGUUUUAAAACAGAACAACCAGUCUCGAAAACCAGAUGAGAUGGAAGGUUGGGAGCCCCCCCAACUUGGUUCUGAAGAUGUGGUGGCUGAUGUGGAUGCUGCUCACCCUGACUUGGGGAGUAGCUACUCACCCUGGCCUGGCUGGGAGGGUGACACCAAGGCCUCUAGCAAGUACACCAGCCUGUCCAGCUCAGCCAGCAGCUCCCGCUGGAGUCUCCGGUCGGCAGGGAAAUUGGUCAGCAUUCGGCGGCACAGUAAGGGCCAACUGACGGACACGGUGGAGGACAUGGAGUGAGCGGAGGAGCCAUGUUACUCUUGUCUCGCCUUUAGUUUAGGGUUUGCUGGGCCUGAUGGCCCUCUGCUAGCAUACCAUUAAGUUAUCCAGCCUUCCUGCAUUCCAGAAGCCCACUGAGUGCCUGUGAGUCACACUGGAAACCACAUGUGCUGUGGCUCCUGGUGGCCUUUGGUUGCCUUACCUUGGUCCUGUCCAUAUCUGCUGAAACAGGGCAUAUGUGUCUUUUAUGCUGUCGAGUGAAAUAGAGAAACGACUUGGUGUCUCCAGAAAGUGAAGCUGGCCUUGGACCUAUGGCCUUCUCCCUGCAUGUGACACAGAUGCUGCUUGACUUGCAAAUGAGGUGGCAGAGGAGUCCUCUCCUGUUGCCAGAGCAUAAGACGAUUUUCCAAGGCCACAUUCAUUCUGUGUAAUCCAGAAGUUAAACUCUUCCUAUGAGAGAACAUGUAAACCAAUUAAAUGCUGGGCAGCAAAGGUUGUGUGCAGUACAGCAACAGGCCCUCGUCAUGGCCUGGUCCUGGGCUGCUGAGGAGCCACUUCUCCUGUGCCCUGGUGGUGGUAGCAAGGUUCUAGUGGGGAUUUAGUUUUGCUUUCUUGAACUUUUAGACACUGACCUUUAUUUUCUUCCAACAAUUUGCUCUCUUACUUUAGUUUACAUGUUAUAAAGAGAUGCUAUGAAAUGAGGAUAAAUCUUAGUUACUUGAUAAUUUAAAAAAUUUAAAGACACCACUAGCUUAUUCAUUGCAGGGUUAAAACUAUGUAAAAUACUAAAGUGCCUCUAUUCCUAAGUGUUUAGAAUUUCUCUGUGAAAUGCCAUUUUGUGAUUGACCUUAAGCUGGAUUAGUGAGAAGUCCUUUUUCUCCCACAGGCAGGACUCAGGUCUACUUGACUGUCUCUUGCUUGUCCUGUUUCUCUAGAAAGAUCCUUGGCAUUGUGAUACCGUGUGUCAGGCCCAAUGAAGGGUGGUGCUUAGUGGCAGGUGGUGCAAAUACUUCUUUGGUAAGGGUGGCUUGACAGAAGAGGCAUAUUAUUUUUGUUUUGUUUAAAAACAAAAGCCUCCGAUGAUGCUGUGCAUUCCCUCUCCCAGGGGAACUAGAAGCAAACCUCUCCUGUCCUUGACUUCUCCAGUGUGUUCACUGUGCCCUUUUCUGUGUUUCCCCCAACCCUGAGGUUCUACUGGGGGUAAAACAUGCAACAUAGUGGGUCAAAACAUAUCUAGAACAGAGCAGCAGACAAAUUCACUUGUCAUCCAUAGCUCUGUAUCCAUCUGUUUAUCCAUCCACCCAUGUGCCCACCCAUCCACCUUUCCUUUUGUCCAUCUAUCUGUCCUUCAAUGCAUCCAUUGUCUUUUAAAAAUAGAACAAACAGUUCAUGAACUGAGUGUUGAGAGGGGGACAUGCUUUUAAUGGUGUUCAAAUAAAAAUUUUUUUAGAGCUUGGAGUUGUGAAAUUGUGUGGAUUUUCUUUUGUAAUUGGUGGCACAGUAACUGAGUCAGGGAGUCCUAUAUACCCUCAGGCAAACAUCGAAUACAUGGUUGCAGGCCUUAGUCUUCCUAGAAGAGGCAAUGCUAUCUCCCAGCAGGAGUGGGGUGUCCACUCUGCCAUUACUAUGAAGGUGCCGAGACAGGGGGAGGGUGGGGAGGGUUACAUGUGCAUCUGUGGAUGGAGCUCUGGGAACCAGGGGCCACUGUUUGCUGUGCCUGUUCCGAGUGCCUAUGCGUGCUGUGCUAACAACCAAGGUGCAGCCGUCAUGUGCCAUGGCAGAGGUCCUCACUCUGUUCCCUCAAAAGCAAACUG